AUGCAGCAGUCUUAUAACCAGUCGACCCCGUACUAUCAAAAAUCAGCGCCAUCGCAUUCAUCAGCGUACCGUGACCCUUAUGCUGUACAGAAUGGCAUUCAAGGCUUUGAUCCUGAAGAGGAAGAAAUUCAAGGGUUGAAGUAUCAAAUUCGAAGCACGAAGCAGGAAAGUCUGAGUAGUACGCGCAACGCAUUGCGUCUUGCUCGCGAGACCGAAGAGACGGCUACUAACACUAUGGUCAAGCUAGGUGAACAAAGCGAAUUGGUCGAUCCUAAAGCUCAGCGUGAGCGCUAUCAAUUCGAAGCCACUGAAAGCGAUGAUGAGCUUGAAGAUGAACUCGAUGGCAAUUUGGAUGAAAUUGCCGCCUUGAGCGCCCGUAUGAAUAUACUAGGUCGUGCUAUGGGCCAAGAAGUGGACGCUCAAAACAAACGUCUUCAACGUGUGGGAGACAAAACAACCGCAUUGGAUACACGUAUAUACGCUGGUACGAAACGACUUGAAACUCUUAGAUAG